GAACCGCAAAGGGUCAGCAACCCUGAGCGAUCGAGCAAUUGGGGUCGCUGGUCGGCAUGAUUGGUACUACGACAAGGACAUUAUCGCCACUCGAGGGAAGCCAGGUCCGGGAACAUACGACUACAAGGUUGGAUCAGAGGAGCCGUGCAUGAGGUUUGGCACCAGCAAGAGGCCUCCUAUAUACCACAUUUCCUCUAGAGGUCAUCCCGGACCAGGUCAGCGUUCGAGCCACGACACAGAGGACAAAUAUGGAGGUGCGCUGACUGUGGUUAACGAGUGA